AUGGAAAAUGGGUUUGAGGGUUAUCAUGAGUGUGUAAUGAAUAGAGUCCAAGGAGCUAAGUUAGAAAGACAUAACAUUGCUCUUUGUUAUGUUUGUAAUCCUCAAAUUAAGAAAAUGGAAAAAAUUGCUUCUGUUGUUGAAGAAAAUGCAAAAAAAGCAAAAGAAACUGUGCAAGAAAAAAGUUCAUCAUGGUGGGGAUACAUCAGUCAAACGGUUAGUGAUGCGGCAAAGAAAUAUGAACAAAACUCAAUACAAGCAAUGGAAGAUGCAAAAAGAACACGUGAAGAGGAAAGAAAGAAACAAAGAGAAGAACAAACUAAAAGAGAAAAAGAAUUAAAAGAAAAAAAGAAAGCAGAGCCUAACGAACAAAAACAAAUAAAUGAUCUUCCAAAGAAAACAGAUCAAAAAGAAGAAAUGUCACAAACAAAAAAAGAGGAUAAAAAAAUGGAGCUUUUUGAAAUUGUUGAAGAAGACGAUGAUGAGGAAAAGGAUACAAAUAAUACUGACUAUUUUAACGAUGUUAUGAAAGAAAAUCCUACAUACCAAGCACUGUUAGAAAUAAAAGGAGACAGUGAAACAAAAAGCAUCCUUGUAGUAUUGACUUCUAUUGAAUUACUGAUUCUUGAAAAGUCAGAAACCGAAUUGUUUAUGGUACAAGAAAUACUGUAUGACGAUAUAAAGAAAGUAAUUACUAAAAGGUCAACACCUGAAAAUAUUACAAUCAAAACAGAAGAUGAAGAACUUAUAAUGAAGAUAACAGACAACCACCAACAAUUCAUCAAAGACCUCACUGAACGUACCAAGAAGUAA